AGUCCCGCGCCCGCCCCGCGCCCACCCCGCGCCCGCCAUGUCCGAGAUCCUGCCUUACAGCGAGGACAAGAUGGGCCGCUUCGGCGCAGAUCCCGAGGGCUCCGACCUCUCCUUCAGCUGCCGCCUGCAGGACACCAACUCCUUCUUCGCGGGCAACCAGGCCAAGCGACCCCCCAAGCUGGGCCAGAUCGGCCGAGCCAAGCGAGACCAGCGCAGCCAGCCGCCUUUUGGCCCGGGCUUGAGUGGGGGGGGGGGCCAUACUUACUUGUGA